CGGAGCGGCGGGGCCAUGGAGAGCGGCGGGGCCCUGGGGGGCGGCGGGGCCCUGGGGGGCGGCGGGGCGCUGAACGGCUCCGCCGCCGCCUCCGGGCGCUUCGCCGCCGGCGGCACGGCGGCGCUGGGAGCGCUCAUGGCGCUGCUGAUCGCUGUCACCGUGGCCGGCAACGCGCUGGUGAUGCUGGCCUUCGUGGCGGACUCCAGCCUGCGCACCCAGAACAACUUCUUCCUGCUCAACCUGGCCAUCUCGGAUUUCCUAGUGGGUGCCUUCUGCAUUCCCCUGUACGUGCCCUAUGUGCUGACGGGGAGAUGGAUCUUCGGGAGAAGCCUCUGCAAACUCUGGCUGGUAGUUGAUUACCUGCUCUGCACCUCCUCGGUCUUCAACAUCGUGCUGAUUAGCUAUGACAGAUUCCUCUCGGUGACAAGAGCGGUCGCCUACAGAGCCCAGCAAGGCAACACCAAGCGAGCAGUGCUGAAGAUGGUGAUGGUGUGGGUGUUGGCGUUCCUGCUUUACGGACCUGCCAUCAUCAGCUGGGAGUAUAUCUCGGGCCAGAGUAUCAUACCCACCGGGGAAUGCUAUGCUGAAUUUUUCUACAACUGGUAUUUUCUCAUGACAGCCUCCACGCUGGAGUUUUUCACCCCUUUCAUCAGUGUAAUGUUUUUCAACCUGAGCAUUUACCUGAACAUACAGAAGCGCACCAAAUUACGCCUGGAUAUUUUCCAUGAAGUGCACAACCAAUCCUUUGCUGAAGAGAUGGAAAUGAGCCCAGAAGCAAAGCUUUCUUUGAAAUGCUGUAAGUGGGAGCAGAAGGAGCCCGCUGAAACCCUCAACCUCUCUAAGAGCAAAGCACAAGCAGCAGCCGCCACUGCCAGCCUUGGUGCAAAAGACCUGCAGACACCGAGCUCAGGGAGCUCUGGGAAACCCAAGUGUUGCAAUAAGAAAAGCUGUAAAAAUUCAGCGUGCACUCUGUCCUUAGAGAAGCGGAUGAAGAUAGUCUCCCAGAGCAUGACUCAACGCUUCAGGCUCUCUAGAGACAAGAGAGUGGCCAAAUCACUGGCAAUCAUUGUGGGCAUUUUUGGGAUUUGCUGGGCACCAUACACCCUCCUCAUGAUUAUCCGUGCUGGCUGCCAUGGCCACUGCAUCUCUGAUUACUGGUAUGAGAUUUCCUUCUGGCUGCUGUGGAUCAACUCAGCUAUCAACCCUGUCCUAUACCCUCUCUGUCACUACAGCUUCAGAAGAGCUUUUAUUAAACUCCUCUGUCCGAAGAAGCUAAAGAUCCAACCUCACGAUCCUCUCCAGAACUGCUGGAAGUAAAGCUAGCCCUGUGUGUGGAUGAGAAGAGCCUUCUGUAACAUCGGUUUUUAUAAAAGAAAAGUACUGUAGCUUGCUUCCUUUAAGAAGCCAGGGCCACCGGUCUGGCACACGUGAGGAAGGCAGCAGCGAGAUCACUGUUAAAUCACUCUAGUUCAUCACCAACAGAAACAACCAGAAUAGAAGGGUAAGGCGGUUAUUUUUUUAAAUUAUUUUUUUACAUUAAUCACAGACAGUGAAAUCUGCAUCCUACACCUGCACAAAAGAGCACAAAAGAGCUCUGCUGCCACCUAGUCAGCCUGAGUGGCCACAGCGUUUUGUUAAAAUAAGUAUCUAACCUGAAACCACUGGACUAAACUACAGUUUACACUUAAGGUAUCACAUGAUUAUAUGGAAAGAAAAGAAUAGACCUCAGAAAGAAAACCACCUCAUUUAUCAUUGCUACUACAGCAGCUUCAGCCAUAAGCUGGGUCCCUACUGCACGUGGUGCUGCAAUAGAUGCCCCUUCCACUCCCCAAGAAGGGGCAAAUCUCUGCCACAAAGAGCUUACAGAUGGACUUAGGGGCACCAGGUAUCCUGAAGCGUUCUGUUGGCAUUCCCUACUUCCUGCUUCAAAACAGAUCUGAUUCCCUUUGUGUCCAGCCACGCACCAGCCCUUACUCCCACGAUACACGGGUGUGUUUCUCUCCUGCCCUUUGCCAAAGCUUCCUGUCUCUUCCUCCACAUGACCCUCGCCCAUCUUGCCUCAGUUGCAAAGCUUCCUCUCCUCUCUCAGAAGCUGUCCUUCCUCAGGCACUGCCCUGUGUCCUGCAGCAGCUGUCUGCCUUUCCCCCUUUUGACUGUCAGCUGCUGGACCGGCUGUGCCCUGCACUACGUGUAUCAGCACAGCACCACAACGUGAGCAGCAUCCACCAACCCGAGGGCAUGCAGCAGGAGCAACAAGCAGUCACCAGCCCUGCAGGAUGGUGGGAACCCUGACAGCCUCGACGAACAGGGCUGCUGUGCCCAUAGGAAAGGUGUCAGCAUGGUUUCAGCUUCUCCAUGGGCUCUCCCUCAUUGUGACCCAAAGACCUUUCUAAGUCUCAUCUGCAGGACCUGAUAUUUAUUCUGUCAGCAACACGUUACCAAAUGACAAGUACUGUGAGAAGUGAAGUUUGCAUUCCAUUUUUUUAAGGUAUUUUCAGACCUCUUAACUUCAGCAAGCUCUCCAGAACUCUCACGUGCUUUCUUUUAAAGCAUCUUACUUUGAACGGAGACCCUGGGCAAGCUGUUCCAAGCAACAUAAGUAUCCUUUUUUAUUUUUUUAUUAUUAUUUUUAAAGGAGUCAACUAAUUCCACAGAUAAAGUACCAGAUUCAAGAGACCAGGGCUCUAUCCUCCAUCUUAACAGGGGAUCUUGGGCAUUUUAUCUCUGCUUCCCAUCUCACAAUUUAUCAUGAUUACCCACGUAGUCUAUAACCUCUUUGGGAACAGAGCCAGAAUGACCAUAAAGUGAAAGACUAACUCCUGAUCUCUGCUGGCAUUGCUCAGUGCUAUAGUAAUACGAAUACAUAAUUAGUUGCCAUGGCAAAUGCUCAGAUUUAACAGUAUUGUCCAAGGAAGCUCAAAAUCCUAAGUCUGAAAACUACAUUUACAAAUGGAAAGCCAAAUGCUGUAAGGUAGUACCCAAAAGCUUCUGAUGUUGUGAUUGCCCAUUACACUUUGCUGUUGUGAGCAAACUGUUUCUUGGCUGUUGCUAGGAAUAAAAUAAAUCACUAUUAUUCCAGUGACAUUUGCUGAGUAGAUCAAUAUUGUUGUCUGAAGUCAGGUUUUAAAUUAAGUCUUGUUUUGUAUAUAUAUUUCAGUCUUGUGACACGUUCAGUCAGCCCAUUAUAUAUGAAUUAAAAUAUAUGCUUUGAAGUAAGUGUGCUAAGAACUGCCAGUACGCACUGUUGAGCCUGCUUGUACCUUUCCUCGUGUCUGCUACCUUCUGAGAACCCCAAUAAAGUAUUUUUCUACAAAA